AGAUUGCUGGUCACCAACUCUCAUAAUGCAAAUGAUUCCUAAACACAUCCUUGGAUCCAUUGGAAAUUCAUUCUUCAAGAAUGUUAAGACUGUCAUGUUUUUGCCUGACCAAAGUCCUGCUCUUGAUAUUCUCACCAACUUCUUGUUCCGUGGCAUGGCUGGUUGUGUGCACGUUUCUCAUGCUUCGCCUACUCAGAGUGAAGUCAAAGUUAUCAUCCUUCUGUUUUCAAGUGAGAAGAAAGCGUAUGUUGGUUUCAUUCCAGUAGAUCAGUUCUCAUUUGUAAACAAAAUCAAGAGUGUUAUCCAGAGUGCACGGAAAGGACAGGUAAGAAGUGUUUACAUUUCGAUACCACAUUAAUUUGUGUUUGAUAAG